AGUAUUUCAAUGGUUUAUUCUAUAAAUCUGCUAAAAAGUUUGUUUCCAGACAGCUCGCGGUGAAUUUUCAAAGGGCGUGCUCACAAGCACUGCUGAACCUUUGUUAACAACCGAAUUCGUGCCGUGGUGUAGCCGUAUCUUCGUCCAGCCGAUAUUGGACCUUAUCUAUUGUAAGGAAGAGGUUGAAGAUUUCACGGAUCGAGCACUCACAUUGGUGAAUCCUACUGACUGGGCUAUUUUCGUGGAGCAAGGACAGCGUCAGCAAGCACAUCACGAAUUUGAACACUUCAGGACAACAAGCUGUGACGCCCAGCUAGUCUUUACUCGUAUACCCCGAUGUGCUGCCUCCGUCUCACUUUCAAUGCUUCGGAAGUGCAUUUAUUCGACGGAUGGAGACCAGAUAUAUAUUACGCGUUUUGAAAAAUCGUAUACCAGUCUUGCGCGAAAGUUUUCAUGCAAUGGGGAUAACCCCUUCAACACGGAUAAGACAUCUUCAUUGAUUGUCAUCAAUGAAUUGUCUCGAGAAAUGCUCCUGUGUGGCUCGACUGCUGGGAUUGUGAGGGUUAGCUUUGUGGAAACGAGUGCGAACGUUGCACACUAUGUGCUUCUUGCAGAUUUGGGAUCCUUCCUUCAACAUCCAUUCGCAUGA